AUGAGUAAAAUUAAAAAAUGUAUAGGUCGGGAAGGCUUUCAAAGAAUAAAUUAUCUUUAUCAGCUUUCAAACUUAUUUGUAACUGAAAAUCCUGUUAAUCAUGUUGCAGCAUCCAUGUAUUCCAAUCUUCUUGUUAAUAUAUCAAGAAAGACUGUCCAAAGAAUGGAGAUUGACAUGAAAAGAACAAUAUGUAAAUCAUGUAGAUGUCUUUUACUUGCUGGAAUAACAUGUAAAGUUAGAGUUAAGAAGAAAAAAGUUAUUUGGACUUGUUUAAAAUGCAGACACUCUAAAGUCUAUGAAACAAAGGAUAAAAACUACAAGUGCUGGACUCAAAAGGAUGAAAGUUUGGUAGACGUUUUUGAUUAUUCUGUUAAUUAUACUACAGAUAAAAAUAAAAAAAAAUAAUUUAG